AUGGCGAUGUUGAGCUCCUGCACCACCCUCCUGAGCCGGGCGCCGCCGGCACCGGGAAAAUCCUCUCCCGCCGCCGCACUGCAGCUCCGCAGCAGACAACCGGCGGCGGCGUCAGUAGCGGCUCUGCGUUGGGCCUCACGCAAGGAGUCCCGGUCCCGGGCUGCUCUCUUCGCGUGCCAUGCGCAGAAGUACAACAUCGAACCCAGUGCCCUGGUGCACCCUCGCGCAUUUGACGGCAGCGACUGGAGUCUCGGGGAAGAUAAGAACCGCAUCAUCCUCAGCCUCAACGUGGGAGAGUCCACGACCGAGAAAGACCUGGAGGUUGCAACAACGGAGGACCAGACCCUCCUGGUCAUCAGGUACAAUAAGAAGGAGGACCAGAGCAGCAGCAGCAGCCCGGCGAGCUCGCUGGACGUCCGCCUGCUGAUGCCUCCCGGCUACGACAGUAAUAAGAUGCAGGCGAUCAUGUGGAAUACGGGCUGGCUAGAGAUUUCUAUCCCCAAGCCUAAGCACGAACGCAAAACGAUACCUAUCACGCCAUCGACAAAGACCCAGACAACCCCGACCUCGUGA